CUAAUCCGCUCUCCUCCCGUUACAUACUCCUGUUACCACAUUACCUCCAGAGCUUGUGGAAAUAAUCGUAUAUGAGCUAUGGCACUCUGAAAUGCCCUCUGUCGACAGUCCUUCAUGAUGACUUGCCCUCGGAUCAGCCGGACGUGGAAAGCUGUUUAUGUCCCCAUCGCCUCCCAGGAUAUUUACAUCCUCAGUCCCGCAUACAUAUACUACCUAUCCGAUAUAGCCGGACGCCAGAAAUCCAUAAUCUACCAUGAUCUCAUCCCUCGACUUACCCACCUGCUAUCAACCGGCCCUUGUGGAUGGCUUCUAAACGACCCUACGGUACGUCGGUGGUCCAAGUCACCUCUCCCGUUUGAUUUGUCUAACAUGCAAUCUUGUAGGAUUGAGGUGCCUGGCCACUUCCCUCUAUUGUUGGGAAUAUGAACGGUUGCAGCGGCCGUUACCUCAUUUAUACAUGCAAGCUAUCACUCCGGAGUAUGGGUUAUGAGAGAGUCGACUGUAGAUGAAUUUAUCAUAUCACGUGUCCGU